AUGGAAGCCUCUUGCAUCGAAAGGAAUGUGUCCUCUCGACAACGUAUCAGGGAUCUAUUCGAAGAGUUAGAAAUCACAGAUAAUUUUGCUAAAUAUUUUGAUUGGCACCUAAAUGUCGUGUGUGCGACAAAGAACAUAAUACAUCAAAUAAAUAGUCAAUAUGAUAAUGGGGAUGUGAUAUGGAUGAUAUUUAUUCAGACGCUGGUCUCUGCAGUGUCAACAAACACCCACUUAUUAACUUUGAUAGGGCAGAACGUGACGAAGAAUCAGCUUGAGGAUGUGUAUAAUUAA